AUGAGUACGGUUCUCUUUGAAGAGCUGAAACUAGAUAAAAAGUGUGACAAGGCGUUAGCGAAGACUGCGGCGAACAGCUAUACGUCUACCUCUGAGGCCGUGUUACUUGAUCUUCAGCAUCUUCAUCCACUUCCAAGAAUUGUGUUAGAGUAUCGUCAGCUUGUAAAACUGAAAUCCACUUACUUUGAUGGAAUGUUGCCGUUUGUAACAAAUGGAAUGAUCCAUACAACUUGGGAACACACUGCAGCUGCUACUGGACGCCUUACCUCUGCUAAUCCAAAUCUCCAAAACAUCCCAAAACAAGCCAUGCAAAUUCCUACUCAUCAAUACAUUGUGGGAAAAGAGAACGAAUCAGUAAGCAUCCUUCCUCGUGAAGCAUUCCACAGCAAAGAAGGAUGGUCCUUCCUGGCUGCAGACUUCCAAUCGAUUGAGUUACGUCUUUUGGCGCAUUUAUCUAAUGACACCGCCCUUCUGAAAGUGUUCAAUGAAAAUAAUUCUUCUGAUGUUUUUAUCACUCUUACUUCACAAUGGCUUAACAAAAGAUCUGAAAGCGUUCAAUUCCAAGAAAGAGAGCACACCAAGAGAAUUGUUUAUUCUGUUAUCUAUGGCGUUGGGCGUGAACGGCUUGCUAAGAACAUCGGAGUUAGUGUGGACAAAGCAAAGGAAUUUAUGAAGAGUUUCUUGGAUAAAUUCCCAGGAAUUGGACUUUUUACUCGAAAAUGCAUUGAAGAGUGCAAGAAAAAUGGCUAUGUCUGUACAAUUUUUAAAAGAAAGCGCUGGUUCCCUCAUAUUAAUGCACCUCAGUUCAAUCUUCGAGCACAAGCAGAGCGCCAAGCAGUGAAUUUUGUUGUUCAAGGUUCGGCUGCUGAUAUUUGUAAAUCGAGCAUGAUAGAAGUUGUACGUUCCUUCAAAAAAGAUCCUUCCAUUCGCMCAAGAUUAUUGCUUCAAAUUCAUGAUGAACUUCUUUUUGAAGUCCCAGAUGGGGAUAUACCAAGAGUGAUAGGAAUAAUACAAUCAGCUAUGGAGAAUAGUGUGAAGCUUUACAGUGAAAAGMCCCAACUUAAGGUUCUUCUGCCUGUUACUGUAAGUACAGGAAAGAAAUGGAAUCACAUGGCAACCUACGAUAUAACUACAAAUGCAAGAUAAAAGAAUAUAAUAACUAUUGCUGCAUCAUCUGGAUCUAYUUGAAGCUAUAUGGGGAUAAGUACAUGCAUUAUAGUUAUGUUUGGUGCMGUAYUGUCUCAAUSGUGCCCGAUACGUAUAAAACUUACAAAGAAUACCGGCCAGUUACUAUGUGCCAAGAAAUACGACCAUUGUUUGUUCAGCGAUUGCAGCUAUUCAUA